UCGAGGAUGUUAGGAAGCGCUCCCUCCACUCGGAGCUGUCGCCUCCUCUUUCUGGUCAUCUGCGGUUAAAGCUCUUCACCUAACGGAAGUAAACACUUCUUGGAGAUGACAUUUUAGACCCCGGACUUCCACCCUAAGGUUGGAUGAGUGCGCCAAGUUUUACCCCGCCUGCAGAGGUGGCGCAGAUAAACCGCAUCCAUUAUGAGCUGGAGUACACAGAGGGCAUCUCUCAGCGCAUGCGGAUACCUGAGACCCUCAAGGUGGCCCCUGAGAGCGGCACGGGGCCCAUUCCUGUUCAGCCGCCGCCGCUGCUGCACACAACUCUGAUGCAGGUUCCUGAAAGAAUCGUCGUUGCAGGCGAUGAAGGAGAAUCCAGGUUUGUUCAACCCAGAGACCUGGAUCUUAUCCAGUCGGUUCCGUCUGUGGACCUCCUGAACAUGAAGGCUCCACCGCGUGUCCUCACCCUGACAGAACAGCCUCUGGACUCCCUGGAAACAAACCAGACUGCCAACUCCCAGAGUAAUCCCAGCCAGGCUGUCAGUUCUAACAGCCGCUCCCGGAGGGAACGCAGCGCCAUUGAGAACACAUCUGGUCGUCACAGCGCUCACAUCAGCAGGGGGGAUGUCAGUGCGUCCCCCUCCCCUUCUGCGCCUCCGGUCCGCCUGUGCCCCCCCCUCUGCUCUCCAGAAGACGCAAACAUCAACCUGUUUACAGCCGCAGGGUUUCUGUCCUACAUCCAGUCCACGACGCGCCGUGCCUACCAGCAAGUCCUGGAACUCCUGGACGAUAACCAGCGAAGAACCCACCUGGACCUGGCUCUGGAUAUGAACCCCGAAGAAUCCGGAUUAGUCGACGCUUCGUCAUUGAGACGCCAGAUCGUAAAGCUGAACAGGCGUCUGCAGCUGCUGGAGGAGGAGAACAAGGAGCGCUCCAAGCGGGAGGUCAUGCUGUAUUCGGCCACGGUGGCGUUCUGGCUCAUCAACACCUGGAUCUGGUUACGUCGCUAAAGCAGGACGUCUCCAAAGAACAAACCAACCUGGAAACCAUAAUAAAUCCUGACUCUGGCUCGGCGCGGGUCUCCUCUGACAUUCCA